AUGGCGGACAAAGCCAAGGCAGCGGAGGCAAAAGCCAAGGGCAAUGCGGAGUUCCAGGCAAAGAACUACAAGGAGGCCAUCAAGCACUUCACUGAGGCCAUCAAGCAUGACCCAAGCGAUCACGUUUUCUUCUCCAACAGGUCAGCGUGCUACGCUUCCCUGGAGCAGUAUGACAAGGCGUUGGAGGAUGGAACAGAGUGUGUGCGGCUGAAACCCGACUGGGCCAAGGGCUACACUCGCAAGGGUUUGGCGGAGUACUUCCUCAGCAAGUAUGACAAUGCUGCGGACACCUACAAGGCGGGCCUAAAGCUGGCUCCGGAGGAUGCCACUUUGAAGGAAGGCUUGAAGAAGGCCAUGGAUGCCAAGUACGAAGUGCCUGGCGCAGGAGCUAUGAAGUUCCUUCUCAGGCCGGUGCCGGGCGUCGGGCUUGAAGGAGCCGCGGGUUUUCAUAGCAGUUUCCCGAAGAGUCGACCAGAUGUGGUGAGGUUUGCCAUUAAGGGCUUUCCUGUUCAGAUUCGCUUGGCGGGUGAAUGCCAAGAUACUGGUCACAUGAUCCUGCGAAGGUUUGAGGAGCAAAACACGGUGAUCCGAAACGCGGGGCAGGCGCUCUUCACCAACUUGCAGGGCUACGGUGCGACCAUUGGCUGCUUCCUGGACGACUGCAUGAGCUCAGACAAGUUUGUCGCCAGCGAGAUUGAGUCCUGCGCGAAGGCGCGCUUGGCGACCACCUUUCGCACUGGUCUCAUAGGCCCUUAA